AUGUCACCACUCGCCCUUGGAUUCAUCAAAUUGUCGAUCCUCUUCUUUUACAGACGAGUCUUCCGAGGCAGGAUCUUUGAUUUACUGAAUUGGACAUUGAUAACACUGGUCGUACUCUGGACACUGGGAUUCUUCCUGGUCCAGGUCUUCGACUGCGGCACUCGCUUUUACGUCAAUUGGGGUCGCCUUUCGGACUUACAGAAGUGUCUAAGCUCCUUCAAGCAACUUCUUGCUUGCAGUAUCUCCGAUGUCAUCAUCGAUAUAUUCAUACUGAUUCUUCCAAUGCCCUUGAUCUGGAUGCUGCACAUGCCACCUCAGAAAAAAAUUGCCGUCACUGGUAUCUUCUUAUUGGGGACACUAGCUGUUGUUUUUGGUAUAUUACGAAUGAUAGUCUUCGCUCAGAUCCUAGGAGCUGGACACACACAAGUAGUACUGCGUAUUUUGGGAGUGACAACACUUGACGAUAUGGCGGUGGUAAGCCUCAUACUAUUCUGGCCAAUGCUAGAGAUGGGCGUCGCCAUCGUCGCCAUCUGCCUUCCGACCCUUCGCCCGCUCCUCCACAGCGUCUCUUUGGAAAGCAUGGUUCGCAGCGUACGCAGCAAACUCUCCAUUGAUUCGCUACGCAAUCAUUCGAGACCAAGCUCUACAAAAGGAGACGCGCCGAAGGCUUCGCAAGAUUCAGGCAGAGCUCUUGCUGCGAAGACGUUCGUUACUUCUAGUAAAGCUUCGGACGACGAUGACUUCUUGGACACGCAUGUCACAACCGAUGUGGAGACUGGAAGUGCUCGGGCUUAG